AUGUCUACUAUCUAUCUAUCUAUCUAUCUAUCUAUCUAUCUAUCUAUCUAUCUAUCUAUCUAUCUAUCUAUCUAUCUAUGUACCUACCUGUCUUUCUUUCUACCUACCCACCUACCUACUUUCUACCUUUCUAUCUGUUUACAUAUCUAUCUGUUUACCUACCUACUUAUCUAUCUGCUCACCUAUCUACAUACGUUCCACCUUCCCACUUACCUACUUGUCUAUAUGCCUAUUUACCUACCCGCCUUUAUACCCAUCUGUCUUCUUACCUACCUACAUACAUGCAUACCUUCCCACCUAUCUAUCUGUAAUCCAUUUACCUACUUAACUGUCCAUCCACCUUCCCACCCCCUUCGUCCCUUCUGCGGGGAAGGACUUAAUCUACUGGAGGAGAGUCUUUUUCCACUGCCAUCAUUCGCUGCAGCAGCAGCCGCCGCAGCCGCUGCGCCUGGCUCCACUACUGCUCUCCUUCUCGGUGGACAGACUGGCGCUCCCGGAGGCGUUGGGAGUGGCGAUACUGUCGGAGUUGGCAUUGGCGGUACUUCUUCUAGCGCCGCCGGCCUGUCGAGCGUGCUGGCCGCAAACGGACUGACCAGCCUGGACCUUCUGCACGCUCAGAUUCGUCGUCAGAUGUCGGCUGAGCACACACUGCGCAUGGAGAUCUUGCAGUUGCAACGGCAGACUUGGCAGUUGCAGCUAGCCAGGCUGCAGGCGAUUUUGGGUCACGCUCCUCGGAACUCGUCGGUCAGGCGAACAAGGACGCCUAGAAAGGCCCGCUCCAACGGCACUGGCAUGAGUGGACUGGCAGUUGCCAAGUCGAGCACUACUGCGCCAGUAGGUGGGGAAAACGAUAUCGGCGAUGACGCCGACGAUGACGAAGGAGACGACGAGGAGGAGGGCGAAGACUUCGAGGAAGAGGGUGAAGCUGAGGAGGGAGAGGGGGAAGGGGAGGGAGAGGGAGGAGAGGGAGAGGGAGAAGUGGAGGGGGAUGAGGAGGAAGAGGACGAU